AGCGCCCUGGCUUGGGGAGCUGCUAGUAGUGCUGGCAGGGGCAGGGAGAGAGGGUGGAAAGGGGAGAAAUAGCUAGCUAACUGUUACACUAAAGGGUCAUAUUUUACUGAAAGACGUUUUCUCAGAUAACGGUCCUUUGCUGACGGCGGAUGCGGCGCGGCGGCGGUAACUCACACCGGUCGGACGGGAUACGCGAGGAGGUUGGAUGUGCUGUUCCGCAUUUGGGAGCGAUGGAGUGACUGAACCCUGUAAUUGACGUGGCUUUUCAGCACAGAUCCAAGCUCCUAGACUUCCGCCAAAAGAAGUACUGCUUCACCAAAGAAGGUCCUCUCAGCACAUGAAAAAUUUAAGGAAAUAAUUGCUCUUUUUCUUUUGCGUUUUAAGUUUUUUUUUUGUCAUUAGGUCUCAGACAGGAGAAUAAUAAAAAAAAUAUUUAAAGGGCAAAAGUGUUUCUUUGGAGGGAUUUGGUCUUGGUUCUUUUGUGUGUGAGAGGUGUUGGCCUAACCCGGCAUCAUGUAUGGCAGUGCCCGCUCCGUGGGCAAAAUGGAGGGCAACAACCAGAGCCCUGGGCGUUCUCCACGGCUGCCUCGCUCACCCCGUCUGGGGCACAGGCGCACCAACAGCACGGGUGGCAGCGGUGGGGGCGCGGGAGGCUCUGGAGGUAAGACGCUCUCUAUGGAGAACAUUCAGUCGCUGAACGCAGCAUAUGCUGCCUCAGGCCCCAUGUACCUUAGUGACAACGAGGUUGUAGUGGCACCUCCUGACCAACCCAAAAGCACCAUGACGCUGGGCCGCUCCGGUGGUCGGCUCCCCUACGGAGUCCGUGGUGCGGUCAUGGGCAGCAGCCCCAACAUCGCAAUGGCAGCACCACCCAGUGCCGGUCCUAGCGACGCCAUAGCGUUCGGGGACCACCACAUGCCCUCGGGCCUGGCGUCCACGGUGCCUCACUCGCUGCGCCAGGCGCGGGACAAUACCAUCAUGGACCUGCAGGCGCAGCUCAAGGAAGUCCUGCGGGAGAACGAGCUGCUGCGCAAGGAGGUGGACAUGAAGGAGAGCAAGCUGAGCUCCUCCAUGAACUCCAUCAAGACCUUCUGGAGCCCCGAGCUGAAGAAAGAGCGUUCCCUGCGGAAGGACGAGGUCUCGAAGAUGGCCGUGUGGAAGGAACAGUACCGAGUGAUUCAGGAGGAGACCCAGCACUUGCAGAUGACCAUCCAGGCCCUGCAGGACGAGCUGCGCAUCCAGCGUGACCUCAACCAGCUGUUCCAGCAAGACUGCAGCACGCGGCCUGGCGAGCCACUAGGCGCCGAGCUCACCGAGGAGAACUUCCAGCGGCUGCACGGCGAGCACGAGCGGCAGGCCAAGGAGCUCUUCCUGCUGCGCAAGACGCUGGAGGAGAUGGAGCUGCGCAUCGAGACGCAGAAGCAGACCCUCGGCGCCCGCGACGAGUCCAUCAAGAAGCUGCUGGAGAUGCUGCAGAGCAAGGGGCUGCCGGCCAAGGCUAGCGAGGAGGACCACGAGCGGACGCGGCGUCUGGCCGACGCCGAGAUGCACGUGCACCACCUGGAGAGCCUGCUGGAGCAGAAGGAGAAAGAGGUCGGCGCCCUGCGUGAGGAGCUGCAUCGGCGCUAUGACGGAGCCCCAGAAUCAGCCAAAACAAAGGCCCUGCAAACCAUCAUUGAGAUGAAGGACUCUAAGAUCAGCUCCAUGGAGCGAGGCCUGCGGGACCAAGAGGAGGAGAUACAGAUGCUCAAGUCCAACGGUGCACUGAGCACGGAGGAGCGGGAGGAGGAGAUGAAGCAAAUGGAGGUCUACCGCAGUCACUCCAAGUUCAUGAAGAACAAGGUAGAGCAGCUGAAGGAGGAGCUGUCUCAGAAAGAGGCCCAGGGGGAGGAGCUGAAAAAGCGUGUGACUGAGCUGCAGCGGGAGGUCUAUGCAGGAUGCCCUCAGAUUGACCAGGUGAAGCAGGACCUCUCCAGGAAGGACACGGAGUUGCUGGGCCUGCAGACCAAGCUGGAGACACUGACCAACCAGUUCUCAGACAGCAAGCAGCACAUCGAGGUGCUUAAGGAGUCGCUGACGGCCAAGGAGCAGCGCGCAGCCAUCCUGCAGACCGAGGUGGACGCGUUGCGUCUCCGCUUGGAGGAGAAGGAGACCAUGCUGAACAAGAAGAGCAAGCAGAUCCAGGAGAUGUCUGAGGAAAAGGGGACGUUGAAUGGGGAGAUCCAUGACCUGAAGGACAUGCUGGAAGUCAAGGAGCGCAAGGUCAACGUGCUGCAGAAGAAGAUCGAGAACCUGCAGGAGCAGCUGAGGGACAAGGAGAAGCAGAUGAGCAGCCUGAAGGAGAGAGUGAAAUCUCUGCAGGCGGACACCUCCAACACGGACACCGCCCUAACCACCCUGGAGGAGGCGCUGGCCGAGAAGGAGCGCAUCAUCGAGCGCCUGAAGGAGCAGCGUGACCGCGACGAGCGUGAGAAGAACGAGGAGCUGGACAACAACAAGAAAGAGCUGAAGGAGCUGAAGGAGAAGAUCAGCCUGCUGCAGGGAGACCUGUCUGACCGCGAGACGUCUCUGCUGGACCUGAAGGAGCACGCGUCUUCGCUGGCGUCCUCAAGCCUGAAGAAGGACUCCAAGCUGAAAAGCCUGGAGAUCAACCUGGAGCAGAAGAAGGAGGAGUGUAUCAAGCUGGACAACCAGCUGAAGAAGUGCUCUGAGCUCAUGUCAGGCCGUCACUGCAGCGUUGCGCACAACGCCGCUGUCGAGGCGCAGGCAAACACGGAGCUGUCGGAGCGCAUCAGUAACCUGGAGCGGGACGUGGCCAGGCACCGCGAAGAUGCCGGCAAGUCCCAGGCUGAGGUGGACCGCCUGCUGGAGAUCCUGCGCGAGAUGGAGAACGAGAAGAAUGACAAAGACAAGAAGAUCAAUGAACUGGAGAGCCUGGCUUCAAGGCAAAUGAAGGACCAGAGUAAGAAGGUGGCCAACCUGAAGCACAAGGAGCAGGUGGAGAAGAACAAGAAUGCCCAGCUUAUGGAGGAGGCCCGUAAACGGGAGGACAACAUCAACGAGAGCUCCCAGCUGGUGAAGGAUUCCCUCCGACAGAAGGAUGAUCGCAUCGAGGAGCUGGAGGAGGCGUUGCGAGAGAGUGUGCAGAUCACAGCGGAGCGGGAGAUGGUGCUGGCCCAGGAGGAGACAGCCCGCACGCAUGCCGAGAAGCAGAUGGAGGAGCUGCUGGCGGCCAUGGAGAAGGUGAAGCAGGAGUUGGAAUCCAUGAAGGCCAAACUGUCGUCCACCCAGCAGUCCCUGGCUGAGAAGGAAGCCCACCUGACCACGCUGCGUGCUGAGCGCAGGAAGCACUUGGAGGAGGUGCUGGAGAUGAAACAGGAGGCACUACUGGCUGCCAUCAGUGAGAAGGAUGCCAAUAUCGCCCUCCUGGAGCUGUCGUCCUCCAAGAAGAAGAAGACGCAGGAAGAGGUGGCCCUGCUGAAGCGAGAGAAGGACCGCUUGGUGCAGCAGCUAAAGCAGCAGACCCAAAAUCGCAUGAAGCUGAUGGCCGACAACUAUGAAGACGACCACCUGAAGGCCGCUUCGCAUUCCGAUCAGACCAAUCACAAACCCUCUCCAGAUCAGAUCAUCCCCUCUCUUAUAGACCUCAACCAGAACCGCAGUAAACUGAAGCUGUACAUUGGCCACCUGACCGCCCUGUGCCACGAGCGAGACCGCCACAUCCUGCAGAACCUGGCCCCACCCCCCGCCUACCACCGCAGCGAGCGGGCAGCCUGGGAGGAGGAGCUGCAGAGGAUGAGUCUAGAGCAGCUGGAGGGCGAGCUGGAGAGGUGCGAGCAGGAAAGCGCAGAGCUACAGGAAUAUGCCAACUCUGUCCUGCAGCAGAUUGCAGACCACUGCCCAGAUAUCCUGGAGCAGGUGGUAAAUGCCCUGGAGGAGUCCUCCUGACCCCACCUGCGGGCUCCCACACCUCAUCACUUCGUUGUCUCACGCCCCCCCUCCAACGUGCUCACGCUCCCUUCCUCAACCUCUGCCCCCCCCCCACCACCACCACCACCACCACCACCAGUCCACCAUGCCGGCUUCCCUCAAGGAGUUCUCUGCGGCCUUUGACCUUUGACCUCCCAGUCCUCCAGGAAGCAAAAAAAAUUAAAAAAUAAAUCAGCCCAAGAAGAACAGGUACCUAGACCAACAGGAGGAAUCUGUCUGACUCUGCCAGCCUCAGCAACUCAAACCGACAUCCUCACCUACGUCUGUGGCUCCAGUGCCCCCCCCCCCCUCCAUCUGUUGUGUGGUUGUUUACUUCAUGGUGUAGGACAUGCAUAUCAGCCGGGUCCAGCACCAAGGAAGCACAGGCGACGCGGAAGGCUAGGAGCCCCCCCCCCUUUCAGAUUACUGUAACCGAUCUCCGCUCGGGUCACCCAACAGCUGCCCAAAAUGUGUUCUUACACUCUUGCAUGCCUCUUUGAAAAGACCACAUUUUGGGGAUGGAGUUUUUUUUGUGUGCUUGGGGUGGGGGAGGUGUGAGACAUUUGAUAUUGAGACAGCACAAUGACCUUAUAAUUGCAGGAUGUUGAAAAUGGUUGAAAAGAGUUGAAUACUUUUUUUUUGUCUGCGGUGUCUUGUUACUUUAGCAAACACAGCAGGCCGCUGAGUUGGUGGAAAGCGGUAUAAGUUAAAGGCUUUGGAGGGGCUUUCAGAUUCAGGAACAGUCUCGUACACUUUUCCCUCCAACCGUAGCCCGUUAAAGGAUAGGACAGAGGCCCCACGUGUGUGUAGACGGGGAUUAUUUCUGAAAUGAGUAUGAACUUUUAUUGAGCAUGAGAAUGAUCAGCUCAGCAAUGUGGUUACAAAGCAUCCCCAGUGCAAGUCACUGAAACUGCCUUUAAGGUCUGCAUACAAAGUUCUGUUCUAAGUAUGAACGGUAUAAAUGUACUGAUUGGUUCGGUUCGUUUAACUGCAAACUCACAGCUUCACUUGACUUUGAAAGUCACACACCAUUGCCUUUGAUUUAGACUUUUUUGCUGCUAUGUUUUUUGUCUCUGUUGUAUCUAGUAUCACUUUACUGCUUUCAAAAUAUAACCGUAUGAUUUAACACUAGCUGGUAAUUUGCAGAAGAUUUUCCUCAUACACUAUAGACUUAACUAAUUAUUAACUACUUGUCACUACUUUGGACAAUUAGCCGUGCUGUUUGCAAACUUGCAUUCUGUUGCAGGUCAUUUCUUGUUUACAGAGGGUUCUGCCCCUAAAGACGCUGCAUGAAGUUGCUUUAGUUCUUGGAGUUAAGACACUAAUAUUGGUUCUCUAAUUGGAUUUGUCUAAACUAUGUUCCACCUAUGCGAGGCAAAAAAGCUAUUUACUGCCCAGCUCUACAUCUCACAGGAAGUGAUGUCACAGGAAGAGGUGAGGCUUACCCCAAGACCCUACCUGUAUCUCAGUGAGCCAUCAUGGAGGUGCUACCACCAUAGGGACAGUGUGAGGUACCAGGACUCCCACUAAACAGAGGGGCUUGAGCUUUUGAUCCCACCCCUCUGUUUCUGAGGUAGGGUUAUGCUGAACCUUCUGUAAGUGGGAGGGGCAGCUGCGUCUCACGCUCAGGAUGGAGGUGUAGCGGGCCGGUUGUGAGGUGGGUCUCUCUGUUUUGGACAGGCCCCUCUCCGAUGAGCUAGAAUUGGAGGCGCGGUCCCUAUCAUGAGGGUCAGCUCGGCUCAGCACAGCAAACACAGACUAGCACAAGUACAGAUAAGCACAAAGAUUUGAACCAGGGAAAGGGGCAGGAGACGUGUGCUAGGAUCGCUGGAGAAAGUCCAUAGUGUGGCUCCAGCAUUAGGUGAUGCAGAAUGAGUCACAGGCUGAAAGGCAGCAUGUUUCCCCAAACGGCGCGUUGGCCGUAGUCCGUAGUCUGCACCACCACACGCUGGACGCUGCCCCUCCACCUGCAUGCAUUUUUUAUGUACGCCGGUGUGCUGUGACUUGAGUUCUCGUUUUACGCUUCCAAGAUUGACUAUGAUGCGUACUGUCAAAGGUUAUGUUUGUUUCUUGCUGUUUUGGGUGUUAAAUGUUUAGGGAGAGUUGAUGAUUCACUGCCUCCAAGUGUCUUUGAGUCGUGGCUGAAGAUGGUGUCCCCUGCCUGGGACUCUUUGGAGGACAGGGUCACAUGGUGGAUCUAAAAUUAUCAUUGUUGCCUUAUGGCCCAGACAGGGUCAUUCAGUAGAUCUGUGCUCAACUGGUAUUGUCUUGCAGCCCAGACAGGGUCAGCCAGCAGAUCUGUAUUUGGCUGUUGUCGGCUCACGGGCCAGACAGGGUCAGGCAGUGGAUCUGUGCUCAGCUGGUAUUGUCUUAGGGCCCAGACAGGGUCAGGCAGUGGAUGUGUUCUCUGCUGUUGCUGUCUUUGGACCGAGAAAGGGUCAGCUAGCAGAUCUGUACUCAGCUGUUGCUGUCUCACGGCCCAGACAGGGCCAGGCAGUGGAUCUGUACUCCACUCGUAAUGCCUGAUUGCCCCGGCCUCCUGAACCCUGGUUGAGGGGCAGAGUUCGGCACCUCGUGGCUGCUGCUACUUGCCCCCGCAGCUCUCUCCUCGCGUGUCAUGUGUAGUCUGGCAGCGACUGACUUAUCGGCAAGUUUAAUGAGGGCUUUCGUCUUUAUCGGUUUACCUUUUUAUAGUUGCCUUUGCACGACUUCACGCUGCUUCCUUAUUCCGUUGCUAGCUCUUGCCACUAGAAGGAAUGGUGAUAAAAAUGCUUUUCUCCUGGAUUGCGGUUCCUGCCGGGGCAGGUUGACGUGACUCGGCCAUGCCAGGGCCGCUCAGCUGGCUCGGCUGGGCUCACACACUCACACACCCCAUUGCCCACGCCUCACCUGUGCCGGGAACGUGUCCCACGUACAGGAUGUUCUCCUGAAGCUCUCCAUUCAUGGUCUUCACCACAGCCACAUGACCCUCUCAGGGUGCUUGCAGGCGAUCCGCUUUCACAUAGCGAGGAAAAAAAAACACCUUUGGUGGUCUGUUGUUGUGCUGUCUUUCCCAAAAUAUGGUUGUUUCUUCUUAAUUGUUUAUGGGUAAAGGGGUACUAUGAAGCAGAUUAUUAAUGGACAGGGGAUGGCAUGGAGAAAAGAGGGUCAGCAGAGGAUAAGUCCCAUGUCUCUGGUGCUACAUUACAUGGAGAGGGGAGAUCGGAUGAGGGUCCCGUUUUCUUUUUGUUGUUGUUCUGCGUCACAUUGAAUUCCCGUAUUUAUGAGAGAGAAUGUUUAUGCAAGCACAGGAGAGAGAGAGAGUGCCCUUGGUCACAUGACAUGUGACAUCACCGCCACCAUAGGUGAGUCCAUAUUCAAAACACUUUAUGUAAGCUGAAUUAAAAAAGGAUGUUGUAAUAUUUGUGCUUUGAAGAAAAAAAAAAAACAAAACAAAAAAAGCCGUAAACUUGUUGUCUGUGUUUAUGGUCUACGUCGAUUCUGGGUGUUCUGUCGUCUCUCUCGGUCCUGUUUAUUUUCGUCCUCCACUUUCCUGGCGGGGCGUUUCUGUGAGGUCGCUGUGUUCUGUCUCUGUCUGGGCUUGCGGCAGGUGCUCACACACUUGUCUCGUAUCUACGUCCGAAGCGUUCAGGUGGAGUGCAGACUGCCAGCUAUCCCAGACAGUAAUGUUAUAAAGUAUACAUAUGCAUAGACAGAAGUAUAUAUUUAUAUAAACGACAUAGAUGGAUAGACAUAGUUGAAAAUAAUGUUUUUUGCACAAAAUGUCCAAGGGGAAAGAAAAGAUAUUUCUGAACAAAAUGGCUCGCAAUCGCUCUCUUGUGUCUUUAAAAGAAGUGAACGAAUAAAACAAUAAUAGGUGUCAGAAAACUGUUACGUGUCAAAACAAGGUGUUAACACAAAGAUCCUAAAACCGUUACCAUGUGGUUAAAAAAAGUACUGUUACUCUGUACUCGGUAUCUGAAUUUCGGAUUUUUUUUUUGUGUUUUGCAGCCUGUUCAUAAUGUGUGUGUGACUCUUGAGACUGCGGUGUGUUUUUUUUAAUCAGCGACAUGUGUGUCUAUCCAGGGAGUCCCACCCCACCAGCACUGUGUUUCUAUAGGGUUAAACUAAUGCCAAGACCUUUACUGACAGACUGUGAUGUCAUACUAUGACGGUUAUUGGUCAGUAUGCCUACCUUGCUCCCCCCCGACCCCCAGGAUGUCCCCCCAUCCAUGACUCUGAAACUGCCAAACUGAUAACCGGUAUUACAUCAUCGCUCUGUCAAGCAUGCGGCCUCCAUAUUUAGACUCACCAGUUUCAGUAAUGUUACCAUGGUCGUAAACACAUUCAAUGUUAAGCAUUGAAGUCAUUUGGACAGAUGAUCAGUUUAAUAGCCCACUAAUAUUUGUGGGGUAAAACUGAUUUUUUUGACACCAUGUAUUUUUUUUUUUUUUUAACUGAAAUUUCAUGUGUGAUAAUGGACUUUGGAAUCUUUCAGCUCCCAGCUGUAAAAUGUUUCCUUACUAAACAGCUCCAAAUCUGUCUCUGAUCAUCAUUUGCAUCAUUCUAAAGUUUUAUUUUGCCCUGGAUAAAAUAAAAUAUUGCACAGCCCGUCUCAUUAUAUCGGUUUGUUUUUAACAUUCAGCGUCCUUCAGGUCUGAACCAAAGGUGAGAAGUUGAAUAUUUAUCAAAUGAGAGAUUUAGAAUGUGCCAGCUUACAUAGAACAUUAUUAUAAACAACAGCCUCUGAAUUCAGCUCAUGCUUACCAUGUUGUGAUCUGAGUCAGUCAGCACAUGUAAACAAUGCCGGAAUUGCUAUGUCUGACACAAUUUUGGGGUCCAUUCAGCAACGGCAGUACCCCACUUCAAGUGGUUGUGUUCCUCUCCUUGAGUCCUGGCCACAAAUGGACCAGAGUCACCCUCCUCAUCCCCAGACCCUUAACAUCGACAUCAUCUCUCCUGGAUUUGAACGGGUCCAUUUUUUUAAGUCUACUUUUUUAUACAGCAUCCCAGAAACACGGUGGUGGUUGGGCACCCCUUUCCCCUUUAUUAAAUAGAGUAAGGGAAAAAAUUCAAACUUCGAAACAAAUUUUUGUUCUGGGUUGUUAUUUUCAAUUUUGAAAAAUGAAAUGUACUGCCUUUUAUUCAUCUGUGUUGGGGAAAAAAAACGCUGGCGAUUUCUGUAAAAAAAGACAUUGUAUUCAUUUUUUGCCUUUGUAUAUAUAUAUAAACACUACAUUAUCAGCCUUUUCA